AUGUACGACCAUGACGUCUUCGCCGUUCUGAUUCCCUAUGAUACGAGGAACAAGGCCAAUAGCGCUUUCAAGCUAGCCCACAAUGUCAAAUGGUUCCAGCCCGCGGUCGGGGGCGUGGCCCAAUCGGCCACUAUUGAAAGCCGAGAGCCUACGCCGGCCCGGGACUCUCAGCUAGAAGAGGAGGAGAAAGAAAGCGGCGGUGCCGUUGACCGCCUGGUCCUGACUUUUUCUAAACUCAUGCAGCUCGAAGGUCUCAGAGACGGGGUGCAGGCGGGGACGAGCACGGCGACGUCCCAUAUCCUGCUGGGCCAUCGAGGGACCCGCGGCGUCAGCGCCCGCCACUACCGCAUCGCUGUCGACGACGAAAUGCGCAUCUGGCUGCACGACCAUUCGAUGCAUGGAACUGCGGUUGGAUAUGGCGGGCAAAAUAUGGACCAGGUGCGGGUGGGUGAGACAUGGUUGCUGGCGGAUGCACCCGGCACUGCGAAUAUCUUCAGCCCCACCACCAUCGACUCGGGUGGUCUUAUCGUCGCCAUCGACUUUCCCAAUCACCAGGGGCGAGACGCACAGUACCUGGAGAACCUGUGCGCCCUCAUCGAAAAGUCCAAGGAGAACGAGGUCCCGGGCGUUCAGGGGCUCGGCCUGGACAGCCAGCCCACGACCGAGCCGCCCAGCGAAGCCCAGACUGUCUCUGAUCGCCUUAUUUACUUCAAACACCGCGAAAUCGGAAGCGGCGCCUUCGGCCGGGUAUUCAAAAUCAUCAGGGCCCGCGACGGCAAGGUGCUCGCCGGCAAAGUAGUCACGCCACCGCCGACCAACAGCCAGAAGAGACGCCGCGGCGAGGUCGACCCUGCAUGGCUCCUCGACAUUCGGCGAGAAUAUACCAUCAUGAAGGACAACCCCCACCCCAACAUUGUACAGGUGUUCGGGAUGCGCGAGUGGCCCGAAAUCAUGAUCGUCAUGCCCUACUUCCCAAGCGGCAAUAUAGCGCAGGCUGGGAAGAAUGUAUCGCCGGGCCAGUGGCGCACUUGGGCCGAGACCUGGGUCGACAUGCUCAUUAUGCAGCUAGACGACCAAGAGGAAGGGACGGAUAUCGACCUGCUGCAGGGCAUGUUUGCCAUCAACCAGGAAAGGCGGCUGACGGCUCGCAAGGGCCUAAUGAAGGGCCUUAAGGACGGCCUGUUUACGCGGCGGGCCGUCGACGGACUUGUCGCGUGCGCGGUGGGCGGCCAAGAAGAAGAAGAAGAAAAGGCCGCCAACGUGGCUGGCGGGGUCGAGCCACCUACAGCCACGCAACGGGCGGACGCCGAAGACGACCCUGAUGCCACCAUCCUACUGAGUCGAUUGGGUGGUGGCGUGCCGGACAGCAGUGGGGAAUUAGUGUGAUUACCUGCAGCGAGUUGAAUAAUAACCGUAUGAAAUGUCUGCCUCC